AUAUGUACUGGAAUGCGGGGUUUUUAAGUUAAGUUUGUAUAUCUGGAGUUGUUUGCAAUUCAACCGAUAUCUUUUACUUCAUUUUAACUGACUUCUUUAUAAAAUGGCGACGAUCGAUGAAGAAAACGGUCUUACUUUGAAUGUUGAUGCUGUCUGUACAAAUACCAACCAGAGAGAACAACUCAAAUUGAAUUUCGACAAUGCGGACAUUUUGGCGAACACUUCUGUCUUGGACGUCAAGUUAAAGCUUCAAGAUUUACUGAAUGCCCCUGUAUGUAUCCAGAGGCUUAGUUAUCUAGAUCAGCCAUUGAAUGAUCCUGAUACUAAGCUAGGUGAUUUAUAUGUACGCCAGGGAGAAACGCUGUUUGUGAAAUACCUUUCUAAAGUAAACAUUAAAAGGCUCGAUGGAUGCAUCAACAUGUUGAAGAAGUUUGAAUCGCUAUUGUCUCAGCUUUGCACGUCAGAUGGGCGCCAUCUUUGUGUACCUUCAUUUGACGAUGUUGAAAAAGUAGAAGAUUUGUAUGCAGAUCUCUUUGAACCACUAGAAACAUUAUCUCACAUUUUUGGUCAAUGGAAAACAGUGCCUGUCCAAGCAGUAAGGCGCUAUUUUGUGCAAGAAAAAGGCCUAGACUAUCUUUUAGAAAUAAAURGAUUCUCAAAUAAAGAAUAUACAUGGUUUUCUCAAAAUAUGAAGGAGAAUUCUCCCACAUUAUCGAUUGAUAAUGAUGAUGGUGAAGAUAACAAUAUGGCUGCCGAUCAGGAUGAACAGUUAUUUAUCAGGUCUGAUCAGUUAGUCAAAACAUUCAAUGAGUGGCAAUAUAUUCUAAACUCUCUCGUUCUGAGAGUGCUCUGGAAUUUCAUGGAAACAGGACCAGAGACAAAGCUUGUUCUUCAACAUGGUGGACUGAARCUCAUGAUUGAUGCCUACCUUAAAACCAGCAGAGAUGAUAUGCAUCAGGAUUUUGUUGAUGAGAUUCAUGAAAAUGCACUUGGUUGUCURUGUGGGUGUGUAGAAUAUGACAAAAACGUUCAACGUGAAGUGGCUGCCAACCACAAAAUACUGGACAAGUUUGUUGAUGUUAUUGGGUAUGACUUGGACUCYUCCAUUUCYGCUAGCAUAGAACAGGAAUGUUGCUUGGUAGCAAAYACACUGUUCUACCUAAGUUUUGAUCAAGAGGCUCUGAAAUUGUUGAUUGAAUAUAAGGUUCAUCUCAAGAUCAUGAAUGACACAAAACAUUUAUUCAUGAUGCCUUUGCAAGAACUGGAGUUCAGUAAACCACUUGUAGUUUGCUAUUACUGYUUACUGUUUCUGGCAAGAGUUAGAUCGUCCACAUUAGUAGCCAUUCCACAGGCUGAAGCUGCCGCCAUUGAUCAAUGCAUCAGCGGUUUUCUUAAAAACGGUGCUGAACCUCAAACGAUUGGGAUGUACGAAGARCAACAUGUCUACGUCUGGAUGACGCUUGCUCCUAUUGUUCACCUGGCUUUUGCAAGGGGUACAGUAAAUCCAUGCGACACAGAGAUGACUGAUACCAACRUUGGUGCAAAGAAAAUGAAGCUCUCUGCAGAUGAGAKYGAGGAGGAAGACACAGACGGUAUWAGUUUUCGAGAGGAUCGUGCAACUCCUUUAUCUUCUGCAGACGUUCACAUGUGUGACAUUCCAGACUGGGACAUCGAUAAUACCGCGGUAGUAUCAAAUACCUAUGGUAAUGUCCAGUGGCCGGGCUCUCAAUGGGUGCAGAAUAUUGGUAUUUUUGCUUUGCGGCAUACGUUAUUCUCWGAGGACAACGUUACAUUGUUGAUCUCUGAGAAUUUGCAUUCGUAUCUAGUGUGUUUGUUGUGGCAACUGGAAGGUUCAAAUCGUCAGUGUUUGGAGAGUUUGUUAUUAUCCAGYGGAUCAUUACAUGUGCCAAGGUUAAGUGUUAUUUGUAAGUCUGYUCUGGCAAGGAAGAGUGGAUUGGACGAAGUAAGGAAAUUAUGAGGAAAAACGCUUCAGUUGUUGGCAGUUUGAUUCUGAAUUUUCUUAUUAAUCUUGAGCAAUGAAUUUAUUCAAGUUAUUAUUCAAUUACUGUUAAAUUUGGACGUUGGUUGUAGGGUGAGAUCAAACUCUUUCUACGGGGGAAUAGAUUACGCAACAAUUUGAGUUUUCACAAUUACAAURAUAACUAAAGCAGACGUUUGUUUUAAAAAACGUAUAAAUAUUUUAAUACACAAGAAAUAUUACUGUAAAUUUUAUAUAUGUGAUUACAGAUAAUUAGAUUAGUAAAAUUAAUAUAUCUUGAGUUAAACGAAAUUGAGAAUUACAAUUCAUUACAAUUUGAUAUGAUGUAAGCUUUCUUUSGGUUAUUUUAUGAUGAAUAUUUGGUAAUUUUUAUUAAAAAUAUGCACAAACU